AUGGUGAUCGGCAGUUUCCCAGUGGGAAAACUUUUUGUGUUUGGCUUGAAGCGGGCCAGCAAGCCAUUUGGCGAUCUUCUGAUGUGGAUGGGCAAGCAUCACCCAUUCAUUCGGCACUAUGUCAUCAUACCGCCAGCACAACUUUACAACGCUUUUGAAGUACGUUCCAAAAUGCGGAUGAUGCGAUUGAAACAGCCAAGGAGGAUUCCUCGCCUAACACCUCCAAUCGCCACGAGAUUGGGGGCCGAUAUGCUAAGUGAGGCUAUUGUGGUUGCGAUUGGACUGGGACUCAUAUACUACGAGGUUUCAAAAACUUUCAAAAAUGAUCAGAAGAAACAGCGGGAGUUUGAUGAGCAAAGUAGAGUUUUGGAUGAGCGCGUAGAUCGUAUGAUUGCCGAUAUGGAGCGGCAGGAACAGGACAUCAUCUGGCUAAAGAAGGCCCUAAAGAAUUGAAAAGUGAUAGCUUAUAGCAUUUUGUAACGACUGUAUUUAAUCCAUUUAGUUCAUUUUACUAAUUUAAAAAAUUUGGAAUAAUAUA